AUGAAGUUCACCGUCGCUGUCGCUCUCGCCGCCGCUGGCGUCUCUGCCGUCUACGUCCCCCCUAGCAACGUCACCGUUGUUACCGACGUCGUCGAUGUCUACACCACCUACUGCCCCUUCGCCACGCAGAUCACCCACGGCUCCAAGACCUACACCGUCACUGAGCCCACCACUCUGACCAUCACCGACUGCCCCUGCACCAUCACCCGCCCGGUCACCAUCACCAGCAGCGUCGCCUGCGUCACUUGCGGCUCUGCUGCCCCUACUGGUGCUGUUCCCUCUGGCAACGGCGGUGGUGCUCCCCCUGCCUUCACCAACUCCACCAUCACCACUCCCACCCAGGCUCCUCCUGCCGGUGGCAACCCUCCCGCCAGCACCGGUGGUGUUGUCCCUACCGCUCCUCCCGCCGUCCCCACUGGCGGUGCCAGCAAGGCCGUCCUCUCCGGCGCCGGCCUUGCCGGUAUCGUCGGUCUGGCCGCCUUCGUCCUGUAA